AUGAGUUACAUAGAUCAUACUCAGUUAUUUUAGGAAAUGUAUAAUUUUUUAUCUAUUCUUCUCAAACAGGAUAAAUAACUUGUCUUUUUAAUUGACAUAUUGUGUAAAGUUAAAUAAUAUGAAAUCUCCUUUCUUCAAAUUACAUUAUGGGUCGAAAUAGAAAAUUAAAUUAAUAGUUCUAGCAAAUUUGAAUUGUUUUAUUUAGUUGAUUAAAAAACAUAUAUAACUUAACCUAAAUUGUAAUUAAUAUUUUAUUGUCCUUUAUUAAGCUAAGAAUAUGCAAUUUUCAAAGGCAAUAUCUAUGGCUCAAAUAUAAAUGAAACAAAUAAAGGAAUAUAAUAUAAUCAUUUAAUCUAUUUGAAAAGCCAUUAAAUAAAUAAUAGCAAGCCUUAGUUUCUUAGAAUUAUUUCUUUUAUUAUAAAUGAGAUUUCUGCGGUUUAUUCAAGCAACUCUUAUUUUUUGUUGUUUGUUUGGUUGGAGUAUAAAUUCUGA